GAUAGUUGUGUAAUUAUAACCUCGAUAUUUACGCCAAAAAAAGCCGCAGUUUAACGUGACCAGUGCGAUGGCAUUUAACAAUAAUUCAAACCCAUUUUCACACCCCCUCAUGUUGCGUUUAAGGACGCUGAUGUUGCUCUUUCAACCAGCUACCAACAACUGCGGGCAAGCUGCCGUUAGCAUUUAAGAUAGCUCGCUUUUUUCCGCUUAAAGGAGUGUUUUCUUUGUGUCUAGGUUCUUUGAAUGAUAAUGUUGUGAUCGAGAUGGCGAGGUUCGUUCACUCUUAAUUACAAAGCUGGACAUGCGGACACAUUAAAGGUAUAGUAACUCAGCUUUAACAUUGACGGCUAACCAGCGAGCUACAUGCUAACACAGGACUGUAACCUACAUGCAGACUCACAUUUUGUCUAACCAUGGAUCCGACCUGUAGCGCUGCCACUACUCCCGCUGGUCUGACUGUCCAGGUUUGUUUCCCUGGAGCCCGAGCUGCUGUUUUGGACAAUCUGAACCGGCAGCGGGAAGAAGGCCGGCUGUGUGACCUCUCCAUCCAGGUGCAGGGUCAUGUGUUCAGGGCCCAUCGCUGCGUCCUCGCUGCGUCCUCACCUUACUUUCAUGACCAGGUGUUACUGAAGAACGUUACAACUGUGUCCCUCCCCUCGGUUAUGGACCCUGUGGCCUUCGAGAGUGUCCUGAGCUCUGCAUAUACAGGCCAGCUGAGCAUCGUGCAUGACGACAUCGUUAACUACGUGACUGUGGCCAGCUUCCUCCAGAUGUGGCACAUCGUGGAUAAAUGCACUGAGAUCCUAAAGAGGCCCCGGCCCUCAGCAGAGGUCACCCCUAGUGAGGCUGCAGCAGCAGCAGCAGCAGCAGCAGCUCCCCCUGGCACUGCGUCUCGUCAGCAGUCUCCCAGCAGCACAGACUGCUUAUAUGUGGAGAGAGAGGGAAGGAGGAAGGAGAGAAAGCCUGAUGCUUUGCCCCCAUUGGCUACAUGGAGACGCCCGCAGCAGUUUCCCAGACUGGGUCGCCCUCGGCCCUCGCCAGCCCAGCACUUAGCUGACUCUCAGCUGGACACCCUCUCUUGCUAUGUGGAGAGUGAUUACACUAGCUCUGAGGAAGCAUGGGUAUCCAGCCAUGCCAAAACCAGCCACUACGCCCAUGACGGACCCGGUCACAAUAGUCGGCACAACGGGGCGUUCUCAAGUGGUGAGGCAUUAAAGCAGAAAGCCAGGUUCCAUCAGCGGGGACUGCUGCAGAGCGCCGAUAGACUGCUUGAUAAGAGCAGAGAGAUUGGAGACAGUGAUGAGGCGCAAGAGAGGAGGAAGAACGAGAAAAGAGAGAUUGAGGCUGAUGAGGGAGUAGGAGAGGAGGCGGUGGAGAAGAAAGAAGGCUUUGCACAAAUGGGACACUGUGACUUCCACCCAAUGUCAAGUGCAAAUGUGGCUUCCGGACAAGUGGCAGGGAAGGCCCCCGUGGAGGAGGUGAAGGAAAAAGGGCAGAGAAGUUUCAUGGAGAGCGAUCCCCCCUCGGACCUGCCUGGUGUUCACGCUUGUCAAACAGGUGAGGGCGCCCCGGGUCCUUCCUGUUCGGCUUCGGCCCGGGUGCAGUGGCAGACGAGUCCCUGGUCUGAACAGGAGCAGAGGCUGCAGGUCGGAGAAGCUGGCAGCUGCAGUAAAGAUGACGAUGAAGACGAGGAGGAGGAAGAUGUGGACUUUGGAUGUUUCACGGGAGAGACUUUUAGCAGAGACACAUACGACGAGAUCGAAGAGCGAACAGGACAGGUUUCCCAGAGGCCUUUGGUGCCGGCGUCUCCUGACUUUGGCAUGGCCAGCUCGGAUGUGAACUGGCCCUCUACCAGCGUGGGACAAGGAAGCACACUGCCCCCCAACAACUCAAAUCGCCAUGUGUCCCCAUCCUCUGCUGCUUUUCCCCCACCUGCUUCUCCUCCAACUCCAUCUUCAUCAUCCUCAGUGUCCCUCGCUGGCGCCCCCUACACCGGCAAAGUCCACUUCUGCCACUGCGGCAAAGCCUACACCCUGAAGAGCAUGCGCGACCGGCAUGUGAAGAUGCAGCACCUCAAUCUGCGCCCCUUUGGCUGCCCUGUUUGCACAAAGUCCUUCAAGAUGAAGCACCACCUCACCAAGCACCUUAAGACUCAUGGAGGGCUGCGGCCCUACGAGUGCGGCCUGUGUGGGAAGAAAGUGAUUUGGCGAGACAGCUUCCUCAGGCAUCAGGCCCGAUGUGAGAGACUUGCCUCCAGCUCCUCAGCUAACAGUAACAACACAAGCACAGCAGCUGUGGAUCUAGAUGACAGCUACACGUACGGAUUUGAGGACGGGGAGGCUUUUCUUGCAUCAGGAGGACAAGUGAAAGUGGAGGAGGUGGACUUCCACGGGGAGAUGGAGGACGGGAUGGGUGGCCUGUUAGGCAGUGUGUCUGGGAUUGCGGAUGAGCUAAGAACUGAGACACAAAGUUUCAACACAGGUAGUCAUGUUUUUAAGGAGGAAGCGAGUGAGGGCUUCAGCGUGAAUUAAUUUGAAACAAAAGUUCACAGCACAGUUCACGAUAAAGUAAAGGAAGAAGUUACUUUAUGGACAUAAACCAUUGAAGGCUUUUUCAAACAGACACUUUUUUUUGUCCUUUUUAUGUUCAUUAUUUCAUUGCACGAUCAUUUUGAAAAAAUGAACACACAAUGCUUCUUAUAACGGUCCUUUGUAGGUUGUGCAGUUCCAUAGUGAUGCUGUAAACGGUAUAUCUCACAGGCAGUGCUGUGGAUGUACCUCUUUGAGCCCUUAUAAAGUUCAUUUGAAUCUCGCACCUAAGUUAUUUGCCAUUAAUUCAUGAGAAAGAAUUCAAGGAUAUAUUUUUUUCUUUUUUCCUCUCCGCUACAUUGAUGUCUCUCUGCACUAUGUAAAGAAAAUAAAUCUUUAUUGAAAUAAA